GUAUAUCAGUAACUAAUUUACAUAUAGUCGAACCAUAUGCCCGUAUAAGGAAAUUAUUUAAAGUGAUAUAUACAUUUUGAAAUCGUAUAAAUUCACACUGAGUCUGUGGGAAUUGUGCAAACCAUUUGAAGUUGAAAAAAGACUUACUGAAAGAAAGACCCGAAUAAUACACAAUGAAGGUAGCAAUCAUUGCAUCAUUUGUCUACCUAUUUGGCUGUUUUGGAUUUGUAGACGGAGCUUCCUGCUCAUGUGAGGAUUUGAAACUUGAUGAAAGGAAAAGUGGGGAAUAUUCGUUUUACAAUAACCGAGGCGAACAAUACAAAGUGUAUUGCGAAUUUCACCGAAACUAUGGCUACACAUUUAUAUCCAAAGAAGAGGCUGCAAAGGCCGAUUUCGCAUGCAUCGGACAAUCUCAUUCCCAAGUGUUAGUAAGGCAUCUGCGCUCAAAUGGUCAUCAGUAUGAUACUGUAAUGAAGCAGAUCUCUUCACAUUCUUCCGUACCACUUAAUGUGCAGUACAAAUCAAAUGUAGGUUAUGCCAGACCACAAAACCAUGUAACAUUUGGUCCUUACAUAUAUCUUGGAUUCUUACCAGCGUCUAUUGCUAGAAGCAAAACUAAACAGGGAUACAGAGCCAACGAUGUCGACUACACUUUCACAAACUGUGAUGCAAAUCCAAAUAGCUAUUUGGCUUUCUUUGUCAAUCCUAACCACAACGAUCCAUAUGGUUAUUACAAGCGAUGUUGCUAUACUAAACUAAUGAGGGAUUGGAUCGAUGUUGGUAAAAAGGCUUCGAAAUAUCUUCCAUAUAAUUACUUCUACCAGUUUGAGAUGCACAUGGGAGGCUGUGGUGGAUACGCUAUCAACGGCUACAACACCUUUAAUGACAUUGUUGGUGCAGCAUUAGGAUUUCGCUUCUCUUCCUGCUCAUGUGAGGAUUUGAAACUUGAUGAAAGGAAAAGUGGGGAAUAUUCGUUCUACAAUAGCCGAGGCGAGCAAUACAAAAUGUAUUGCGAAUUUCACCGAAACUAUGGCUACACAUUUAUAUCCAAAGAAGAGGCUGCAAAGGCUGAUUUCGCAUGCAUCGGACAAUCUCAUUCCCAAGUGUUAGUAAGGCAAUGGCGCUCAAAUGGUCAUCAGUAUGAUACUGUGAUGAAGCAGAUCUCUUCACAUUCUUCCGUACCACUUAAUGUGCAGUACAACUCAAAUGUUGGUUAUGCUAGACCACACAACCAUGCAGCAAUUGGUCCUUACAUUUAUCUUGGAUUCUUACCAACGUCUAUUGCUAGAAGCAAAACUAAGCAGGGAUACAGAGCCAACGAUGUCGACUACACUUUCACAAACUGUGAUGCAAAUCCAAAUAGCUAUUUGGCUUUCUUUGUCAAUCCUAACCACAACGAUCCAUAUGGUUAUUACAAGCGAUGUUGCUAUACUAAACUAAUGAGGGAUUGGAUCAAUGUGGGUAAAAAAGCUUUGAAAUAUCUUCCACGUAAUUACUUCUACCAGUUUGAGAUGCACAAGGGAGGCUGUGGUGGAUAUGCUAUAAACGGCUACAACACCUUGAAUGACAUAGUUGGUGCAGCAUUAGGAUUCCGCUUCUAAAUCCCGAUGGUGUAACACGCAAGAACUUCACAAGAAUUAAUUGAAUGAAAUUUUUACAAAGUGGUCAAACUUCAUUUAAACUCUUUGCGUAGUUGUUCUUGAAUUAUUUCUCUUUCUCCAAUAUUUGCUUAAACAUUAACUUCUCAAUUUUUUUUCUUCUAUUUUUACUUAGAAAGCAGAACUGAGCAACUUAAUCACUAGUACAUGAAAUGUGCGUCAAAAAUAGACUGUGUUUGUUUUUGGGUAAAUAUUUGAUAACUGGAAUAAAUCAGGUCAUAUUUUGCAUAUAACAUGUAGAUAAAUGAUUUAAAUUAUAGAAAGAUGUGAACAUUUACGCGUUUCUUAAACUGUUCAUAUCUAAUAUGUUUUUUAUCUUUGUUCGUUUAUCUUGGGGCGCUUUUAACGCUUGACUCUCAUUGUAAAUUUAUUAGGCACAAAUAAGAAGUUUAUAUGCUAUCAACAAUGAAAAAAUGCAUCUCCCUUUACACCUUUUCUAUUUUUUACAUAUUAAGCACUUGACAAUUAUUUAUUUAAUUUUAAAUUAAAAAGGAAUUGAACAAAAACAUAAGAAUUAGCAAUAAUGUUACUGUCAGCUUAACUUGCUGAAUCUCUGGAACUAAUGAUUGGAAUAACGAUAAAUUGUAUUGUAUACGCUACUGGAAUGAACACAUAUGUGAACUUUUGACAUGUAACGAAAACAUUUCAGGUGAAAACAAAUGUCCCUAUUCCGUAGCAUAUCUUAAACACACUAGCUUUAGUAAGUUUUGAAAUGAAAUAUUUAGAAUCCCGUUUCUUCCAACUUGCAAGGCUCAAAAUUAGAUGGCAAAAUUGGCGAUGCCCCUGAAGUCCCUUAAUGGUAUGGAAAGUUUAACUAAACAUUUUCAAAAAUUUAAAAGUAACGAGCUAAAUAUAUUUAUGUUGAGAGCCUUGUUAUUUGAGACAUUUUUCUUAAAUCAUUUAAAUCAUUGCAAAUGAUAUUUCGCUAGGGUAUAUUAACUAUUAUAUAUAGAUUAACUUUGAAAAGGGGUAGUAUUGCAUAAUGUAGUAAACCUCUGCCAAGUUUACUUUCAUACAGUGGCCAUGAAGAACAAUUAUAAACUAGGAUUGCUCUUGCAAGGCCCUCUAUAGUUCACAGGGCUUAAAACGUUUAGACCAACCCUUCUCUAUUGAGUUAAGCUUACCCCCAUUUAUGUAUGACAUUCUGCAAAUUUUAUUCAAAUUUUACUGAUAAUGUUUUUGCGUUGUUCUUAAAAUCACUUUUAGACGUAAAUCAAAACAACUAACAAAUGAUGAACUUGGAAGAAUUCCUUUUCAGACUCGGGAAAUAUACAAUACAGACAUAAGUAAUUGAACCGCCAAUGAUCAAGAGACAAAUGCAUACAUCGAUGAUCACUAAUGUGUUUAGUAAAACAUAUGUGUACAUAUUUUAGAUAUAUCUUAACCGUCUUAGAAUUACAAUGCUAAUGUUGUUAUAACUUGUAGCCCAAUCCGUUUACUCUAUAUUUAUACAUCUGUAUGUACAUUUGUUUUUGUGUUAUUCAUAUCUUACAAGUAUUAUAUAGUUGAAAUAAAAUAUUAUUAAACUAA